AAUAUGUAAUUUAGAUUUGCUUUAAGAAGGAAGAAAGACAAAAAGAGAAGAGUUUGUUCAGUCAGAUUUUGGAGGUGAGAAAGAUCAACGAUGGCCAGGCGAGUCGAGACUCGGAACGAGUCGACAUUGACUCGGAUUGUUAAUUCGGUGUUCGCCUUUGUUAGACAAGCUGAGUUUGAGAUCCUCUUCUUUCUGUUCUUCUUCAUCGCUUAUAUUCUCUUCAAAGACAUCACAUCAAGACCUGAAUACAAUCAAGUAUUUGUGAAGAAGCCUGGUGGUGGACCAGAACUUUUUCCGUUUUAAUGGAAUUGAUGCUUGGACAGGUUGGAUGUCAUUCGUGUGAAGGUAUUCUUAGUGUGCCUUGUAAUGGUCUUGCAUAUUUCCUUUUGUAUGUUUAUGUAAGUUUGUAGGCAAAACAGGUUUGUAUGAUGUUACAUUCCGGUUAGGUAUAGCACAAUACAAUCAAGUAAAAAUGGUUGACAAUAGUUUUUAUGUUCUGUGUUUAUUUCAAAUUUGAUUGGCUUUGUCUCGUUCUAUA